CUAUUCUGUCUCUGUCUACUACUAACUCUACUGUCUAGUUCAGUCGUGCUGUUUGCUGUUGCGGCCCCUAGUUCAAAGAAGUAGUGGAUCCUAGACGUCUAAGUCUGAGACAACGAAAGGAAAUAUAAAGGUUGCUCUUUUCAGUUGUGUUCUUUUAUAGUUUUUGUGCAGUCUGAAUCUAUCACAGUUCCCUUUCAAGAAUGGCUGAUAAGUGGAAGACAGUGUUUGUUACUGGCGGAGCUGGCUACAUCGGCAGCCAUUGCAUUGUAGAAUUACUCAACAAUGGCUACCAAGUCAUAGCAGUUGACAACUUUGCCAACUGCGUCAACGGCAACGGAGAAGCUCCGAGUCUAAAGAGGGUGGAGAAGAUAACCGGAAAAACAAUCACCUUCUACCAAUGCGAUCUGCUGGACAGACCAAAACUUGUGGAGAUAUUCGAUAAACACAAAAUAGACUGUGUUAUCCACUUCGCAGCAAUGAAAGCUGUUGGGGAAUCGAUGCAACUGCCUUUACUCUACUACAAGAAUAACCUGAUCGGCACUAUCAACCUACUAGAGGUGAUGAAAGAACACAGCUGCUACCAGUUGGUGUUCUCGAGCUCAUGCACAGUUUACGGCAAUCCUGAGAGGUUACCGAUCACAGAGGAUCACCCGACAGGAAACGUCACCAACGUCUACGGCAGGACUAAGUACUUCAUAGAGGAAAUGCUCAAAGACAUCACAGCAGCUGAUCAGAAUUGGAACAUCAUCUCCCUGAGGUAUUUCAACCCAGUUGGGGCUCAUCAGUCAGGUCUCAUUGGGGAGGAUCCGACGAAGGCUUUCACCAAUCUGAUGCCUUACAUGGCUCAAGUAGCCAUCGGGAACAAGCCUUCGCUCACCAUCUUUGGCAGUGACUACAACACCGUCGAUGGAACUGGUGUGAGAGACUACAUCCACGUCAUGGACUUAGCGUCAGGGCAUGUCGCUGCUCUCUUGAAGCUGCAAAGAGAUCAUCUCAGGCUUAAGGUGUUUAACCUCGGUGCUGGUGCGGGUCUGUCAGUCCACCAGCUGGUCGAAGUGUUCAGUCGUGUCAGCGGUCGACACAUCCCUUGCGAGCAGGCCGACCGUCGUGUCGGGGACGUUGCCACGCUGAUAUGCGACGGCGAGCUGGCCCGACGGGAACUACAAUGGACACCUACCCGAGAUAUCACCACUAUGUGUGAAGACUUUUGGAGAUGGCAAACAAUGAAUCCGCAUGGUUAUAGGUCGGAGGAAACUAAAUGCAAUGGAACUUCAAAGACUAACGGAGUUGAGACCAACGGUCACUGACUGCUGCGAUUGUUAGGUUUAAGUUAUUCUCCGGUACUUAAGUUUAUUUAGAAAUGUUACUUCACACAAGAGCUGUAAAUUAUAUUUAUC